AUGCUACUUCUCUUGUUGCUUCAAUUUCUCGAACAGACAACAGCAGCUGUUGGCGAAAUCGAGCAGAGCCUUUUGCCGCUUUAUCUAUCUAUCUAUCUAUCUAUCUAUCUAUCUAUCUAUCUAUCUAUCUAUCUGAAUAUAUUCCUUCCUUCCUAUCUAUCUAUCUAUCUAUCUAUCUAUCUAUCUAUCUAUCUGAAUAUAUUCCUUCCUAUCUAUCUAUCUAUCUAUCUAUCUAUCUAUCUAUCUAUCUAUCUGAAUAUAUUCCUUCCUUCAUAUCUAUCUAUCUAUCUAUCUAUCUAUCUAUCUAUCUCUUUUCAUAUCUAUCUAUCUAUCUAUCUAUCACUGUUCAUAUCUAUCUAUAUAUCUGAAUCUAUUCCUUCCUUCCUUCCUUCCUUCCUUCCUAUCUAUCUAUCUAUCUAUCUAUCUAUCUAUCUAUUUAAGCUCCGCUUACACUUACACUAUCUUUUAUAUUCCUUCCUAUCUAUCUAUCUAUCUAUCUAUCUAUCUAUCUAUCUAUCUAUCUAUCUAUCUAUCACUGUUCAUAUCUAUCUAUCUGAAUCUAUUCCUUCCUUCCUUCCUUCCUUCCUAUCUAUCUAUCUAUCUAUCUAUCUAUCUAUCUAUCUAUCUAUCUAUCUAUCUAUCUAUCUAUCUAUCUAUCUAUCACUGUUCAUAUCUAUCUAUCUGAAUCUAUUCCUUCCUUCCUUCCUUCCUAUCUAUCUAUUGUGUUUUUAUUUUACUAUCUAUCUAUCUAUCUAUCUAUCUAUCUAUCUAUCUAUCAGAGCCUACUCAUGUCUAUUAUCAACCUGCGAUUAUCAGCGACCAGCAGCGAUCACCGGCGAGCAAAUGCGGUCACUAGCAAGCAGCGAUUAUCAGCGACCAGCAGCGAUCACCGGCGAUAAACUGCGGUCACUAAAAACCAGCGAUUAUCAGCGACAAGCAGCGAUCACCGGCGACAAACUGCGGUCACUAGAAACCUGCUACUAUCAGCGACCAGCAGCGAUCACCGGCGACAAACUGCGGUCACUAAAAACCAGCGAUUAUCAGCGACAAGCAGCGAUCACCGGCGACAAACUGCGGUCACUAGAAACCUGCUACUAUCAGCGACCAGCAGCGAUCACCGGCGACAAACUGCGGUCACUAAAACCAGCGAUUAUCAGCGACAAGCAGCGAUCACCGGCGACAAACUGCGCGACAAGCAGCGAUCACCGGCGACAAACUGCGGUCACUAGAAACCUGCUACUAUCAGCGACCAGCAGCGAUCACCGGCGACAAACUGCGGUCACUAAAAACCAGCGAUUAUCAGCGACAAGCAGCGAUCACCGGCGACAAACUGCGGUCACUAGAAACCUGCUACUAUCAGCGACCAGCAGCGAUCACCGGCGACAAACUGCGGUCACUAAAACCAGCGAUUAUCAGAGACAAGCAGCGAUCACCGGCGACAAACUGCGGUCACUAGAAACCUGCUACUAUCAGCGACCAGCAGCGAUCACCGGCGACAAACUGCGGUCACUAAAAACCAGUGAUUAUCAGCGACAAGCAGCGAUCACCGGCGACAAACUGCGGUCACUAGAAACCUGCUACUAUCAGCGACCAGCAGCUAUCACCGGCGACAAACUGCGGUCACUAGAAACCUGCUACUAUCAGCGACAAGCAGCGAUCACCGGCGACAAACUGCGGUCACUAGAAACCUGCUACUAUCAGCGACCAGCAGCGAUCACCGGCGACAAACUGCGGUCACUAGAAACCUGCUACUAUCAGCGACCAGCAGCGAUCACCGGCGACAAACUGCGGUCACUAAAAACCAGCGAUUAUCAGCGACAAGCAGCGAUCACCGGCGACAAACUGCGGUCACAAGAAACCUGCUACUAUCAGCGACCAGCAGCGAUCACCGGCGACAAACUGCGAAACCUGCUACUAUCAGCGACCAGCAGCGAUCACCGGCGACAAACUGCGGUCACUAAAACCAGUGAUUAUCAGCGACAAGCAGCGAUCACCGGCGACAAACUGCGUUCACUAGAAACCUGCUACUAUCAAACUGCGACCAGCAGCGAUUACCGGCGACAAACUGCGGUCACUAGAAACCUGCGACUAUCAGCGACCAGCAGCGAUCACCGGCGACAAACUGCGGUCACUAAAAACCAGCGAUUAUCAGCGACAAGCAGCGAUCACCGGCGACAAACUGCGGUCACUAGAAACCUGCUACUAUCAGCGACCAGCAGCGAUCACCGGCGACAAACUGCGGUCACUAGAAACCUGCUACUAUCAGCGACCAGCAGCGAUCACCGGCGACAAACUGCGGUCACUAAAACCAGCGAUUAUCAGCGACAAGCAGCGAUCACCGGCGACAAACUGCGGUCACUAGAAACCUGCUACUAUCAGAGACCAGCAGCGAUCACCGGCGACAAACUGCGGUCACUAAAACCAGCGAUUAUCAGCGACCAGCAGCGAUCACCGGCGACAAACUGCGCGACAAGCAGCGAUCACCGGCGACAAACUGCGUUCACUAAAACCUGCUACUAUCAGCGACCAGCAGCGAUCACCGGCGACAAACUGCGGUCACUAGAAACCUGCUACUAUCAGCGACCAGCAGCGAUCACCGGCGACAAACUGCGGUCACUAAAAACCAGCGAUUAUCAGCGACAAGCAGCGAUCACCGGCGACAAACUGCGGUCACUAGAAACCUGCUACUAUCAGCGACCAGCAGCGAUCACCGGCGACAAACUGCGGUCACUAAAACCAGCUACUAUCAGCGACCAGCAGCGAUCACCGGCGACAAACUGCGCGACCAGCAGCGAUCACCGGCGACAAACUGCGGUCACUAAAACCAGCGAUUAUCAGCGACAAGCAGCGAUCACCGGCGACAAACUGCGGUCACUAGAAACCUGCUACUAUCAGCGACCAGCAGCGAUCACCGGCGACAAACUGCGGUCACUAAAAACCAGCGAUUAUCAGCGACCAGCAGCGAUCACCGGCGACAAACUGCGGUCACUAAAAACCAGUGAUUAUCAGCGACAAGCAGCGAUCACCGGCGACAAACUGCGGUCACUAGAAACCUGCUACUAUCAGCGACCAGCAGCUAUUACCGGCGACAAACUGCGGUCACUAAAAACCUGCUACUAUCAGCGACCAACAGCGAUCACCGGCGACAAACUGCGGUCACUAAAAACCAGCGAUUAUCAGCGACAAGCAGCGAUCACCGGCGACAAACUGCGGUCACUAGAAACCUGCUACUAUCAGCGACCAGCAGCGAUCACCGGCGACAAACUGCGGUCACUAAAACCAGCGAUUAUCAGCGACAAGCAGCGAUCACCGGCGACAAACUGCGCGACCAGCAGCUAUCACCGGCGACAAACUGCGGUCACUAGAAACCUGCUACUAUCAGCGACCAGCAGCGAUCACCGGCGACAAACUGCGGUCACUAAAACCAGCGAUUAUCAGCGACAAGCAGCGAUCACCGGCGACAAACUGCGGUCACUAGAAACCUGCUACUAUCAGCGACCAGCAGCGAUCACCGGCGACAAACUGCGGUCACUAAAACCAGCGAUUAUCAGCGACAAGCAGCGAUCACCGGCGACAAACUGCGCGACCAGCAGCGAUCACCGGCGACAAACUGCGGUCACUAGAAACCUGCUACUAUCAGCGACCAGCAGCGAUCACCGGCGACAAACUGCGGUCACUAAAACCAGCGAUUAUCAGCGACAAGCAGCGAUCACCGGCGACAAACUGCGAUCUUCCUUCUUUCCAUUUUCUUUCUUUUUCAUUCAAUUAUUUUUUCUUUCUUUCUUCUUUGCAAUCUUCCCAUUAAAGUUUUAUUUUUUCAUUUUUCUCUUUCCCUCUUUAACUUCCCUUUGUCCUUUUAGUCUUUUCUUCUUUCACUGUUUUUUUUUUUUUUUCCUUCAGGCAUUUAUUGGAGAUUCUUUCUUAAAUACACUUUUUUCCAUAUUUCACAGUUUUUCUUUCUUUCAUUAUAAUUCAUAUUUUUCUUUCUUAUUUAAUAUUCUGUCCAAGUUUUCUUUCUUUUUUUUUCUCGUUCCGUUACAGACUUUUCUUUCAUUCCUAUUUAAGUAUCUUUUAUUUAUUUAUUUUUUUAUGCUCUCUUUUUCUAAUUCCAUUUUUUAUAUUAAUUCUUUCUUUUUCUUUCUUCUUUAUUUUAUGUUGUUGUGCUUUCUUUUUUCUUUCUUUUUACUUUCUCUCUUAUUUAUUGUUUUUCCUCUUUUCCCUUUCUCUCUUGCUCACUUUCUUUCUUCUCUUUUUCUAUCAAUUUUCCAUCGAAUAUAUUUUACUUUCUUUAAUUUUCUCUUCCUGCUUUUUGACUUGCGAUCUUUUCUUCAAGAAUCUUUUUUCAUUUAUAAUUUAAUUUCUCUCUUCCAUCCUUCCUUUCUUUCUAUCGUUUUUUUCUUUUCUUUGCCAUGUGUAGGUAAUUUUUUCUUAGUUUUUAUUUAUUAUCUUUCGUUCUUUCUUACUUUCUGCUUCUUUCUUCUUCUUUUCUUCAGGUGUAGUCCUUUUUUCUUUCAUUCUUAUGUUUUUCCUUCUUUAUUUUUAUUUGUAGUCUUUCUUUCUUUCCUUCAUUCUUUCUUUGUUUCGUUUUUCUUUCAUUUUUAUUUAUUGUUUGUCAUUCUUUCGUUUUUCUCCUUUCCUUUCUUAUUUAUAGUCUUUCUUUUUUCCUUUCUUUCUUCUUCCAUCUUUCUAUGUCACUCUAUAUCUUUCUAUUUUCUUUCUUUCUUUUUCUUUCUUUCUUUUUCUUUCUUUCUUUCUUUCUUUCUUUCUUUCUUUUUUUUAAGCUCUAUUCUCUUUUCUAAUGCGAGGGAAUUCUCACGUCUUCACAUCGUUUUCCUCUCCCUAUUGCUAUACCAUUCACGUCAUUAUCUAUCUAUCUAUCUAUCUAUCUAUCUAUCUAUCUAUCUAUCUAUCUAUCUAUCUAUCUAUCUAUCUAUCUAUCUCAGUCUAGUCAUACCUAUCUCAAUAUUUUUCCAUCUAUCUAUCUAUCUAUCUAUCUAUCUAUCUAUCUAUCUAUCUAUCUAUCUAUCUCAUUCUCCAUCAGACGAUCUAUCUAUCUAUCUAUCUAUCUAUCUAUCUAUCUAUCUAUCUAUCAAUCUAUCUAUCUAUCUAUCUAUCUAUCUUAAUUAUCCAUCUGUUUAUCUCUCUAUGUAUCUCGUUCUGUUAACUAUCUAUCGAUCUAUCUGUCUAUCUUCAUUGACUAUCUAUCUAUCUAUCUAUCUAUCUAUCUAUCUAUCUAUCUAUCUAUCUCCUUCUGUUAAUUAUCUAUCUAUCUGUCUGUCUAUCUAUUUCUAUAUCUAUCUAUCUAUCUAUCUAUCUAUCUAUCUAUCUAUCUAUCUAUCUAUCUCUUUCUCCUUUGACUAUCUAUCUAUCUAUCUAUCUAUCUAUCUAUCUAUCUAUCUAUCUAGAUAA